AUGGAUGUCAACCAGGUGCUCGAGGGGACUCUGUCUCCAGAUGCCACGAUCCGUACCAAUGCCGAGCAGCAGCUCACCCAGGCCUCCGAGGCCGACUUCUCUGGCUACCUCACCACCCUCGCUACAGAACUCGCCAACGAGCAGGCCCUACCUCACAUCCGGACCGCCGCCGCGCUGGCCCUCAAGAACUCCUUCACCGCGCGCGAGUACACCAGGUUACGGGAGGUCCAGGCGCGGUGGAUGGGCCAGCCUGAGCCGAUCAGGACCCAGGUGAAGAACUUGGCGCUGCAGACCUUGGCCUCCAGCGAUGGCCGUGCAGGAAACGCCGCGGCGCAGUUCAUUGCCGCAGUCGCCGCCAUCGAGAUGCCCCAGAACAUGUGGCCAGAGCUGAUGCCCGCUCUGGUGGAGAACGUGGGCAAGGGCGUGGAUCACCAGAAGCAGGCAUCGCUGACGACGAUCGGUUUUAUCUGCGACACCGAGGAUGGCGAGCUCCGCGAGAGCCUGGCACACCACUCCAACGCCAUUCUCACCGCCGUCGUCCAGGGUGCACGGAAGGAGGAGACCAACCCCGACGUACGGAAUGCCGCCAUUUCUGCGCUCAGCGACUCCCUCGAGUUCGUGCGCACCAACUUCGAGAACGAGGGCGAACGGAACUACAUCAUGCAGGUCAUCUGCGAAGCUACUCAAGCCGACGAUACCCGCAUUCAGCAGGGCGCAUAUGGUUGCUUGAACAGGAUCAUGGGCCUGUACUAUGACAAGAUGAGCUUCUACAUGGAGAAGGCACUGUUCGGACUUACUAUCCAAGGCAUGAAGAGCGACGAGGAGGACGUUGCCAAGCUUGCCAUCGAGUUCUGGUGCACCGUCUGCGAGGAGGAAAUCUCAAUCGAAGACGACAACGCACAGGCCAACGCAGAGGGUUCGACCGAGCUUCGCGAGUACUUCAACUUCGCUCGCGUUGCGACUCAGGAAGUUGUCCCUGUCCUUCUUGAGCUCCUCUCUAAGCAGGACGAGGAUGCUGCGGAUGACGAGUACAACGUCUCGCGUGCUGCCUACCAGUGCCUGCAGCUCUGGGCUCAGACUGUCGGAAGCGCCGUCGUACCGCCUGUUCUUCAAUUUGUGGAGAAGAACCUCCGUGCAGAGGAUUGGCACUCCCGUGACGCUGCGGUCUCUGCUUUCGGUGCUAUCAUGGAGGGCCCCGAGGAGAAGAUGCUUGACCCUCUGGUGAAGCAAGCUCUGCCGGUUUUGAUCGGUAUGAUGGAAGACCCCAUUAUCCACGUCAGGGAUUCGACAGCCUAUGCUCUUGGCCGUAUCUGCGAGACUUGCGCCGACUCUAUCGAUGCCACUACUCACCUCCAGCCCCUUAUUUCCUCCCUUUUCGCCGGUCUUGCAAGCCAUCCCAAGAUGGCCUCUUCCUGCUGCUGGGCUCUCAUGAACCUCGCAGACCGCUUCGCCGGCGCACCUGGUUGCCAAACCAAUGCUCUGUCAGCUCACUUCCAGGCCAGUGUGACGCACCUUCUGCAGCUCACCGAGAGGGCCGAUGCCGACAACCAGCUACGCACUGCUGCGUACGAAGUUCUGAACUCCUUCGUCAUGAACUCCGCCAAUGACAGCCUCGGCAUGGUCGGCCACCUGUCCAACGUCAUUUUAGAGCGCCUAGAGAGGACCGUCCCCAUGCAAUCCCAAGUUGUCAGCAUUGAGGACAAGAUGACUCUCGAGGAGAUGCAGACCAGUUUGACCAGCGUCGUCAUGGCAAUUGUCCAGAGACUCGAGAUCGAGAUCAAGCCCCAGGCUGAUCGCAUCAUGCAGGUUCUGCUGCAGUUGCUUUCGACUGUUGGUGGCAAAUCUAGCGUACCCGAUGCUGUUUUGGCCACCAUUGGCUCGCUCGCCAAUGCCCUGGAGGAGGACUUCUUGAAGUACAUGGAUGCCUUUUCGUCCUACCUGUACAACGCUCUUGGUAACCAGGAGGAACCCGCCAUCUGCUCCAUGGCCAUCGGUCUCGUGAGCGACAUCACUCGCUCUCUUAACGAGAAGGUUCAGCCGUACUGCGAUACCUUCAUGAACUACCUCCUAAACAACCUGAGGAGCCCCACCCUUGGCAACCAGUUCAAGCCUGCUAUCCUGCAAUGCUUCGGCGACAUUGCUCACGCCAUUGGUGGUCACUUUGAGACCUACCUCUCGGUCGUGGCCCAGGUCUUGAUCCAAGCUUCGCAAGUCAACUUCACCCAGGACAGCUCGUUCGAGAUGCUUGACUACAUUGUUUCGCUCCGCGAGGGCAUCAUGGAUGCUUGGGAUGGUGCUAUCAUGGCCAUGAAACUUGGUGGAAAGCAGAGCCUGCUUGUGCCCUUCGUUGAGCCCGUCUUCGCUCUCCUCCAUACCGUUCACACCGAUGCCAACCGCACUGAGGCGUUGAUGCGUUCUUCUAUGGGUGUCAUUGGUGAUCUCGCGGACACGUUCCCGAACGGCGAGUUUGCCGAGCUAUUCCGCUCUGAGUGGAUCAUGGCUAUGGCUAGGGAGACCAAGGCCAACAAGGACUUCUCACCGCGUACGAUCGACACUGCCCGCUGGGCCCGUGAACAGAUCAAGCGCCAAAUCGGUAUGUUUUACAUGUUUUCAACGCCGCAACUGUGCAACGGAUUACCUCCAGGACCUCUUCCCGUGGAUCCGUUGCCGUACUAG